CGAGCAGAUGUGUAGUAGAGUACUCGCGAGGCAGUGAGCGACAGUGCAGGCAGGAACUAUGAAGGAAACCCCCAUCCAGGAGCAGACUGCGGUCAUUGCCAACUCGCAAAAGCCGGUGUUAACACCUCUCCACCUCAACUUCGGCACGACCAUCGCGGCAGACCUCGCUUCUGUCUCCAACCAUGAAAACUUUUACACUUACGAACUGGUGGAGAGCAUUGCUAAGUUCCUACUGGAGAGAGUGUCUGUUCGACCCACCAUUGGCAUCAUAUGUGGCUCAGGGAUGGAUCUUUUGGGUGUUUCAGGGCCGCUGGCGGACAUGCUGAGCGACAAGGUAGCGUUCCCGUACGAGACGAUCCCGCACUUCCCCACAAGCACGGUGCCUGGGCACGCUGGGCGACUGGUGUUCGGUAAACUCAACGGCGUGCCACUCAUGUGCAUGCAGGGCCGUUUCCAUUAUUAUGAAGGUUACCCGCUCUGGAAGUGCUCAAUGCCUGUCAGGGUGAUGAAGCUGGUGGGCGUUACGCAUCUCAUCAUCACGAAUGCUGCUGGAGGGCUGAAUCCUGACUACGAGCCCGGAGACAUCAUGAUUAUGAAAGACCACAUCAACCUGCUUGGGUUUGCAGGAAACAAUCCCCUCCAAGGAGUCAACGACGAAAGGUUCGGGCCAAGAUUUGUAGCGAUGAACCGGGCAUAUGACGCGGGGCUGCGGGCUGUGGCAUGGGACGUGGCCAAAGAUCUAAACAUGGCGGAUGUCACGCGAGAGGGAGUCUAUGCUGUGAUUGGAGGACCCAAUUUUGAGACCAUCGCAGAGUUGCGGAUGUUGAGGACUUGUGGUGCUGAUACCGUUGGUAUGAGCACAGUUGCUGAGGUCAUUACGGCAUACCACUGCGGAAUGACGGUGUUUGCCUUCAGUCUAGUAACUAACAAGUGCAUCAUGGACUACGAUAGUCUGGAAGAGACUAACCACACAGAGGUCAUAGAAGUCGGUAAAGUCAGGGAGCCACUGCUUAAGAAGUUCGUGUCUAAGUUAAUUUCACGUUUCUCUGAACUACAGAAACCCGUGCAAUAAUUUAUUGUAUUACGUAUAGCAAGAGAAACGUCCCAGUAUUCAUACAAUAUUUUUUAGUCUAGAAUAGAACUAGUUUUAGUAUUUCAAAUGGUCGAUUAUGUGUUUUGCAUUUUUGUAUUGAGUAGUUUUUACACUAAGUGUAUUUUUAUGUUAAGGAACAACUGCAAAUUAUUUUUUAACGUGUUCACGACUUUUUUAUUUGGCUCUAAUUUUACAAUAAUAAUGACAAAAACCUGUAAUCUUUGUUUUACAUUAAGCGUCUAAGUAUAACGAGAAAAGUAUGUUUACUUUGCAAUACUGCACCCAACAAUUAUUUCACUACGUUUGUUCAAUGUUUCUCCGUGUACUCCAAGGAGUACCUAAAAAUUAAUUUGCCUUAAAAAUUAAACAAUUGUGCGCCCAACGGAGUACACGAUAGUCUGAGGUGUUAAUUUAAGCGCGAGAUCAAACUUAACAAACCAACAAGACAGGCAAACAAUAAAAACGCAGUAAUGAAAUACGUAGCAAAGUGUACCCCUUCUGGCUCACGACGCACUUUACGAAAGCGCGGUGGGCGGAUACACGACGGUAGUUGUGAAAAAUUGGCUACACGUCGUCGUAAACGUGUUUUAAUUUGUAAUCCAUGAUUAGAUAUGUUAAACUGCUUAUUCUUAAUAUAGUAUGUGUUUAUAAAUAAUUGAACUAAUUCCAUUUAACUUGUUUGAUUAACAAACAAGAUUGUAUUGUUUCGGUGUUUUAAAAAGUAUAUAGAUUGGUUAUUUUAUUGAACUUUAACAGAUUUAACUAGGAAUUAUUUAUAAUUUAACUUGCCGUAUAUUGUUUUUCUUUAAAUAAAUCCAAUAUUUGUAUUUGUUUUAAUUGUUCGUUUAAGAAAUGUAACUGCUAGUAAUGUAGUACAAUCAGAAUACAAAUUAAAUACUAAUGUAUUAGCAGACAUCUUCGACUGUGUAUAUAAAUUAUAAAACAUACAGAUACAAAUCAGUGCUGCUAAAACAAUUCGUUUAGUUAUACAACAACCUACACGAUUAAUAUAAACCUGCUAACAUUCAAUCUGACAUACAAUAGGUACAGACUACAUAAGGUGUUAACAGUAGGCAAAAUGUGAAGAGUAAAAUAAAAAUUUGAUUAACGGAAAAAAUGUAUUACACUUGGUGGACAUUCACGCAAAUUACAAAAAUCGUGUUUUAAUAAAUUUCAAAGAAGAAACUGAAAAUUUCAACACUACCUAUAAAUGUAUUGAACAUGAAUAGAAUUGAAUUUUGAGAUAAUUUUUCGAGUUCAUUAUAUUAUUAAUUAUUUCCAUUUGUAAAGAAAACUAUUAUAAUGAAAUAUUAAUUUAAUUUAAAUUUUUGAAAUGAAACCAAAAUAUAGUUGUGAUUGUUGAUUGUCGAAGAUGUCUUGUCAAGCCGACAUCAGAUGUGUGACUAUUAAAUUUUAAUCGCAUUAAUUGUUUAAACGAAAGUGAGUGUAGUAUACUUUAAGUACUAGUAUAAGAACUGUUUCCUUGUUAAUACUGAGUACAAAAAAAUCAACAAUUAGAUUGUUGUUUGAUUAUUUCAUUUAAAUCUAUUAUGAACUAAGAGAACUUAACUGUUGUUAUUGUUAUACUCCCUGACUGUUUAUUGCAGGGUGUAGUUUUUUAUUUAUUGCAUUUAGUAAAAGUAUUAUUUAAGAUAAAUAAACGUUGUUUUUAUCUGA